AUGCUGGUAGCGGAUUUCGACCGAACAGUGCAGGGCAUGGAGGUCAAUAUCGUAACGGCCCAGUUCCAUCCAGUCGUGAGUGCUAGCCAGUCAUUUCGGUCUAACGUGUACAGUUCGCCAUCGCCGUCCCCGUCGCCGUCUCAUUACACGACGGUUUCUAAUGUCGCGGAUAUGAAGCAGCAACAGGGAGUCAUGCAGUCACAGGGUAUUAGUGACUACGGUUCCCAGCCAUUCCAGUACCCGAUGAUGCAACCGAGGCCGCGUGCACCUAUGCCGCCGUAUUACACCACCGGUGCGGGCAGGGCGUUCAUGCAGUUCCCUGCUAAUGCCCAGUAUCCGAUGACGUUGCUGAUGCCAGGAGCGAUCCCGAUGCAGGCCAAUGGGCAAGCUGGGAUUCCUGGGAACUGUGGCGGCGGGCAAGCCCAGCUACCCGAACAACAGAUGUUCGUUUUAGGAUAUCAGCAACGUGGACCAAACCAGCGUCCUGUUCAGCCGCAGUUCGUGCCACCUUGUGAGUAUGAUCCUGAGGAUUUCACUCUUACGUAUGCCUAUCAACCCAUGCAACAAGUGGUGAAUCAGGCUAUGAGGGCGCCGCUGCAAGGCGGCCCUGAUCCAAGCAUGGCUGGCCACAUGUCCAUGCCGAGCCAGCCGCCGCAGCCGACACAGCGAACGAAGACCCUUGUCACUAUUGUAAAUCCCAAUACUGGCGAGAACGUCCUAGAGAGCUUGCGCGCAGAUGCCGCCCCCAAAGCGCCUGCGGAUGUGGCUCCUCCGGGCCCUCGUGUGUCGCACGCAUUGGACAUCAAAGACCCGAACGAAGUUAGGGAAGGUGUUGAAGUUGCGGAAGCCCACGAGGAACCGAUUCCUGAAGAAAAUGUCGAAGUUCAAGAACCGACUCCGGUUACUUCAACCUUGGUAGGGAAAGAAACGAUUGAUACUGUGAAACCUGAACCGCCUGUGCCUGACGUGGAGACGAAGGAAUUGGAAGAAGAUGUAACUGUUAGCGGAAAUGUUGACUCCACCGAGGCUGUCGCUGAGACACCUGUCUUGAUGAAUGGCGAUGAACCCGCAGUUACGGAAUCUGUCCCCGAUGAACUACUGUAG